UUACUAUUAAUCUACGAAGUCAAAUGGAAACACGAAUCGUAAGGUGAGGUCGUGUAGAGAAAAUGGUCGACUGGUGGAUCCGAGAAUCGUGGGUUCGAAUCUCUUCUGUGCCUUAUUUGUCGCUCAUACUUCUACACAAGAUUAGGAAUAAAUCGGUCGAUCGAUAUAACCGUUUCGCGUGUAGUUACGAAUGAAUUAAUCAUUGGUUUUAAUUAGAGAAGAAAGUGGUCCUGAAAGAGCGUGGUCGACAGGAGUCGAGGAAGCAGAUGCGACGACGCUGGGAACAAAAGGAAACGACGGAAUAAAAACGGCGGCGGCUCGUUUCGCAACGAAUCGCGGGCCUGCGGAUAAGAAUCAGGGAGACGAGCACAACAUAAACCGCUGCCGCAUCGUGGGGAUGGAUGCACAGUCCACUGCACGUGGGAAGGUCGUGCUAUGAAUCGAAGAUCGUGAGAUCUCCAUCGUGCGCACUUUCUACAACAUUGCUUCGCCGCGGAGACCAUCACUGGCGAACCCAAUCACGAAACUGUCGCUGGUUAGGGCUGAGAUUACACUCUGGUUUAAGUAGAAAUAUCUAAUCGUCAUUUUAUCAUCCAGCCUUCUAGGUCCUCAACCUGGUCGCCAUUACAGUGAACCUAUAGAUAAUCCAAGUCUCAACUCGAUGGCCAUUAGAAUACACGUAUACGUUCCAAGUUCAUCAACCACCAAAUUUUGAUCAUUGUUGUUCUUCUAACAAUUAUCCUCCUUUGGAUCUAAUCUAUAUUUCGACCGAGUGUUCAAAUACAGACAAAUUUCACGAGUAGCCUCAACCUCGACCAGUCUACAUACGCCUCGAUAAUUACUACAAUUAGAAUCGAUGAAGUAAUUUCCCCGACAGUCAUUCAUCGGAUCGCAUAACUUCACUUUAUCCGGUAACUGUCCAUGAGAUCAUAGAGGAGUUCAAUGAAACCGAGAAUAACCGAGUGCAACGAGUCACUUAAUUAUUGGCACGCAAACAAAAUCUGAUAGCGCGUAUGAAUACUCGAGUACAAUAAAACGAAUAAAUUAUGCAAUUAAAGAUAUAUUAAUAUAAAUUAAUAAAUAUACGAACGGAAUUUAUUAAAGAAACACGCGCAACAUCUCGUUCGAUCUUCGAGUGGCCGAUCAACGAUCGCGUAGAACAGACGAUUCGAUACGAUCGAUCGUUCUUCCGCUUCCGAGCGAAGAUCUAUCAAAGCGUACGACGGUGCUCGCAAAUCUCUCAUUCUUUCCAUUCGAGCGCGACCGAUGAAAACAUUUUACAAUUGGAAAAAUCUACUCUAACCAAAUACAUUGAACUAUUUUUUCGAAGAUUAUAUUUCAUUCAUUUUCAAAACUAUUAUGUUAAUAUAUAAUAUAAUAUAUGUUAUAAUAUAAUGUUAAUAUAAUAUGUUAUAUUCUCAAGCAACCAGAACCACUAUUACAAUGACACUAGAACCACUAGAAACACUAGAACCAUUACUACAUGUAUGUAUAUACAUAUAAUAUUUUUUCUGGAAUAAAUAAUGAUAAUAGUAAUUCGUUUGCAAUUAUUUCCUAAUAAAUUACUACUUAAAAAAUCGGGGAAAAUCACACACAUUACGGUGAGUGAAGAAUUUUGCGUGGAAUGACUUUACAGAGGAUUAAGAUCACGAUCUAUACCACUUCGUCACUUUUCUCCACUUUCAGUUUUGCGAGAGGAAAAUCGAUUCGUCAAAGGAACGGCUGGUAUUAUCUCGCACAAUCUCCCACCGUCUUGCAAGAAUGGUUAACGAUGAAAUUCAUCUUCGACGAUCAGCCAGCGCUCGUUGGGAAGCAAGAGAGCGUCUCUCCCUGGCCGAGCAAACGUUUAGAGUAGAAGACUCUCUGCUCUCGAGUUUCACCGACUUACUUAGGAUCGCGCACGGAGAAAACCGUCGUCAGUUCGCGUAGAAGAGUGUGCCGCUUCGAAAGUGAACGAGAGUCGCUCGCAGUAUCCACAGCCUCGUGCGCGAAGGUUUCCCAAAACGAAACAAGAAAAACUAAUAAUAAUGGUAGACGACACGCGUCCGUUGCAGUGGUCCGCGUGGUGACGAGAAAAAUUCAACGACACGAAGGGAAAAAAGAAAAUACCGCUCGAGAGGGUGUUUCGCGACGCGAUAUCGCCUUAAACGAGAAUCGUUCGAUAUCCGUUAAGGAAAUAGAAAUUUCAAGAGCGCUCGAAUCUUUAAAACAAUUGAAUUCGUAGAAAUUUCUAAACGUGGUAGUUUGUACAGGUAAAAAUUCGAUCUCACAGCGUUAAAUGAGGACCCGACGACCAUAAAUUUGGCGGGGAGAAUAUAAUCGCGUUCGAAGAGGAAAUUAACCGAGUCGAGAAGUCGCCUGCUUGUAAUUAGCCACCAGACGGGGACGACAGAGCGGUUCUGCAUGAACCCUGAGGAAAUUUACGGCCUGUGCAACAGGAAGAACGCGAUUUUCGUUAUCCUGUGCGCGACGGCUGUCUACGUGCACCUGUUGGACGGCGACGAGCACAAAGCCAACGAGCAAACAACCUACGUCAACGUGGAGGAGCAAGUGGUUACUUGGUGCAUCGAUGACGAGGAGCUUUCGGUGUUCCGAUCGCGCUGCAACGAUGUGGAGAACAUUUUGUCUGCUCUCGUUGAUGCUCUUCGCGUUCGAUUUCCCUCGUGAUGGAUCCGCCGAGUCUACUCGACCGUACGCGGACCGACCAGCUCGAGGGGAAAAUCAGAGCUAUCAGGAGACAACGCGGGGGCAGACAGAAAACAAUGGCCUGCCACGUCGCGUGAUUUACGACGACGAGGUAAACUCUGGCGAGAGCAUCGGCAAAUGGCGAAACAACGGCGAGGCUCUUGAACCAAAAUGGAGGGACGGCGACACCGUGCCGCUGUUUCCGUUUCCUCAAUUAUCGCGAUACACUAGCGACAAAGCGGACAACGAAGAGGAUUUCGAUUACAGUCAUCGAGCAGUGAAGCAUCGUCGAAACAAUGGACGCGAGGAAUCUCGACCAGGGAAUUACGACAAACGCGUAUAUAGGGGACGAAGUGAGAAAAGAAAAGACUCUCGAGCCUCGGCUACGCAAAAUCUAGCCAACUCCAAAGAAACGAGCGAUAGGAUGGAACAAGUGAUUUGGAGUCCUGCGGAUAACAAAGAAGCAACGUCCGUCAGGUAUCGAGAGGCUUUUCAAAUACGGCCUAACGACUACGAGCAUGAACUAGACGACGAAGAGUACCUGAAGCCACGUCCAAGGAAACGAAGACCACCGCAAAAUUACGAGUUCGCUUUAGCCGAAAACGAGACGGAAAGCAAUCCUGGGUCUUGGCAGAGUUCCUCCGAAUCAGAACGCGGUAAUCAAUUCACGCAGAACGCCGUGGAGCUGAGGUCUCUUCUAAAGAUGCAGCAGGAAGAGGGUCUGAGUUUGUCAGAACUCCUGCAGCGGAAAAAUCUGACUCUGGACGAUCUCCUGAAAGGUAAAGCGGACGCGAUCAACGCAUUGAAAUCGAAAGACGUCGAGACAGAGGAUUAUAUCGAGGAAGCGUCUAGAAUGAUGUACAAUACCCUUACGAAAGCCACCAGCACCACGAAGAAACCGCAGUAUACUGCUAAUACAGAAACCACGAGAACGAAGAAUGCUCCGAGAGACGAUGGCCUAAUGAUUUCAUUCGUGGACACGGUGGAUGUUCUGUGGCGCAAGAAUCUCACCGAUUCCUCGUGGCCUUCUUUAAACCUCGGGAACGCAACUACUGGAAAAUCGAUUAGCGUCAAUCUUGAUCCAGGGCCAGUCCAAGUAACGCCCAUCGCGAGAGCACCGGCAGCGAUUACGACAUCGAUGCCGACUGCAACGAAUUCCGUGCAGUUCUUGCAGGAUAACGGUGCUACGAAAUUACGGGACGGUGACGAAAUCAAAGCGGAGAGCUUGGACGAAGACGAGAUCAUGGAAUUUUCGGAUUUCACCGAUUAUAAAAAUGGACGGAACGGCAUGUCUCCGGUUUGGUUGAUGGCGAAGGACGGGGAAAGCGACGCGGAACCUACUUUGAAGAUCAACGAGGACAGAGGCUCGACGUUGAGCAUCGAGCAGAUCUUGAAUCCGACGGAAAGCACCGCGUCGACGAGAAAUGUAUUUCCUGAAAAUGAACGCGUCGAUGCGACCAAGUUGAUCGCAAAAGAAAUUCAGCGGCCACAGAUCCUCGUCGAGCAUCAGGAGAGCGAUUACACCACGUUUUCAGAACUGGAAUAUCAGGAGGACGCGCCGUUGACGUACCACGAUCUAGAACAAAACACUCAAAUUAACACUCCCGCUGACGAAGACAGUACAAGCACGAUGGACAAAAUUGAAUCUGCAUCGGAUGCAACGUCUUAUGGUACAACCACGGAGGAUCGACGAACGUUUUUGAACAACGUCGAUUACUCCUUGAAAAACCAUCAAAUCGCGAACGCCACCGAGAAGCAUAAUCGCGAGGAUGCGACGUCGGAAAUAGAACCAGAAGCUCGAGCGGAGAUCUUCGAAUUGUUCGCGUCUGGAUCCGCGGGUAAGAGAUUGGAACGCCUUCUUAAAUCAAGAAACAUGAGCUUGGAGGAACUGAUCGCUUUGCGACAGCGGGGCUCCAGCAAGGUUCACCUGGCCGAAGUGUCGCGACUAAAAGCACGGAAGCCGAACAAUGAGGAUGGAGCGAAGGGCAGAAGUAACUCGGAGACGAACGAAUUAUCCAAGGGGACUUCUUAUGAAUUUAGGGAGAGAAACGGAACCGAUAUCUCAUCGAAAUCGUUCGAAAACGCGACCAACAGUGCUCCAAUCUCGAAUCUAAUGAAUUUUGUUCGUCCAGUGGAGAGUACUACUAAACGAUUACAAUCGAAUUUCGAUUCGGGAAUCAAGAACGAAGACAUGGAGGAGCGUCGUCGUACAGUCCAGAUCGUUGAUCUGUUAACGACCUUCGGUUCUCUUCCUUUCGCGAAGGACCUCCAGCGUGACUUUGCGGGUGAAUAUAAAGCGGACAAAAAGUUGCCUGAGCGGAACAGCGAUCUUGGUGUCGUGUUCGUAAACGAUACAGAAACGGUACAUAAAAACGACACCGCGAACGUCGUUCAGUCUGGGUAUGUAAAAGAGAUUCUCGAGAAGAUACCGAAUUCUAUCGACAUACAAACGGUAUUCAGAGAAACUAGCGUAUUUGACAGGGACGAAGAGGAUGACAAGAACGAACGGGGAAGGACUCUCUCAAAAGUGAAGCCCAGCAUAAUAGCGAGCGGCGCGAUCCUUGGUGUGACGAUUGUGGUUUUCCUGGCGAUAUUCAUCGUAUGCAGGAUUCGACAGAAACAAAAGUACAGAUACAGGAACACCUUUUCCAGGGCAGUGUUUCAAGGUCCUAUAUUAGCGGCCAGGAAACUCUCGAAUUCGAGCAGUCUGAGCACCGUGAUGGUGAACGUGGUCGCCACAUCGACGACAAAAAGACCUGAGAGAAACGAAACCCGACAACCUGUGGGAGAGAUGGAAUGUAGAAGUGAUAUCGAUAAUGAUUCACUGGAUGCUAACGACAGCUGGGAAACUAUACCUGAUUACAUGAAAUAACGGCAGACCUAUUUAAACGUAUUUGCAAUAUUUCCAGUGGGACGCUUGACAAACAACAGUAUUUUCUUGUCUACGUUGAGUUAAACCCUAGACAUUGCGCAUAUAUUUUUAAAGUGACUCCCUGUAUUUACGUAUAUACCGAAGGCUGACCAUGUACCUUGACUUUAAUGACUAUACAAAAUAAUAGAUGUUAGAUACCUUAGUAGAUCGACCAUUGAAUUACCGACUCCAAUGUUUCUAUCGGUCUGUAAACUAAUUUUACAGACACGGACGUUUGUACAUAUAACUGUAUAGAAUUUUUGAUCAACUUUACCCGAUAAAAUUUUAUGUAAUUUAGAAUGUUAGAGUUAGCGUGAUUCUCUUUGUAAGGACCCGUUUUGGAAUUUCUCUUGAUAUCGAAAAGUGUAUGCGUUACGCUGAUGUAAACCAACUAUUUCAAACUCAUACGUGUAAAAUAAAGUAUAUUUAUUUAUACCAGGUUAAUGAAUGUAUCUUAUUAAUAUAGAAUUAUUAUCU